AUGGCGGCACUGAGCAUUGAAAAAGAUUUCGGGGUUCCAAAAAGAAAGAGACUGAUAAUCAAGUCGGAUUCCAAGUCGAUCAAGAACUCUGAUUAUCGAGAGAGCGUUAGGAAACUGUUGGCAGAGGCCUUUUCCAGAGUAUCAUCUGAAACUGAUGAGAGCAUAUCACCAGCUUUUGACCCAGUUGAAGUCGCUGCUUCAGUGGAGUCUGCAAUGUACGAAAGAAUUGGGUGGUCCAAUCCAAUCAAGAAGGCUAAGUAUCAAUCCGUCUUGUUCAAUCUCAAAGACCCAAAAAACUCAGAUUUGAGGCGAAAGGUUGUUCUUGGUGAGAUCAAUGCACAGACUCUUGUAACCAUGAGUGCCGAGGAGAUGGCCAGUGAGAAAAGGAAGCGUGAGAAUAUUCAGAUAAAGUUGAAAACGUUGAAGAGAUGUGUGCAUGAUGCUAAUGAAGAAGAUAAGGCCACCACUGACAUGUUCCAGUGCAGCCGGUGCCGCGAGCGCAAGUGCACCUACUACCAGUUGCAGACACGGAGUGCCGAUGAACCCAUGACAACUUAUGUCACUUGCGUCAAAUGCAGCAAACGCUGGAAGGUCUAG